GGAAAGAUUUCAUGAAUGCUUUUGUUUUAUUUUAUUUUAUUCAGGCCUGUGCCGAUGUGGAGUCAUAGAUGCAGCGAGAUGGCCCCUGCCAGUGAUGUCUGGAAAUAUGUAACUAGGAGAGAUGAUAAAACAGUUGUGUGCAACAUCUGCAGGAAGGAGCUGGUUGUUUCCGGCAGUAACACCAUCCUCCGACUUCACCUGGAGAGGAAUCAUCGUGUUCACUUUACAGAGGAGGCUGGCCACAAUAAACUGCAGGGAGAGCCCAGGACUGAGCGAAUCCCUGGUAUCCUGUCCACCAAGGACAGGGCUCCGAAAAUCAUGCAGCUGAUUGGGAUAGAUAAUCCUGCGACCGUGACAACACACAGCAGCAGUAGGAUAUCGGAGAUGCUCCGAGAGUGUGCAGCUCAACUGGAGACUGAACAGCACCAGGAAAUCCAUUCGUUUGCUGGAGGCGGUGAACCUUGUACUGCAUUAGCCGAAGACGAGCUCUCCAUGGUGCUGCAAUCUUAUCACCUGGCCAGAGAUGGGAGUGUGGGCUCCCGAAGGAGGAAGGAGACGGAGCUAAACUACGCACGGGCCUCGCAGGUGAGCUGCCAAGAGAAGUCGCAAACAUGGGACUUCUUUAAGAAGUUGAAUGAGCGCUGUGUGGAGUGCAGCCUCUGCCGAAAGCAGCUGUGCUACCACAAUAGCGCGACCAGUCUGCGGGAACACCUGAGGCGCAAACACAACCUCAGUGAGCUCGACCUUCGCCAGUCACAGGAUGAGGGCUCCUCCUCCUCCGAGUCCAUGGGCCAGGAGCUCGAAGUGAAGAAGAACAAACCCGUGAGCAUCUCUGAGCUUGUCCUGCACGAUGCCAAGGCCUGCUCUGAGAAAAGAGAGGAAGUGAUCAGCAACCUGAUUCUGGGCAUGGUUUUCCGAGACCUCCAGCCUAUCUCUUUCGUCAAUAACGAGGGCUUUAAGAGGCUGCUUGGCUUUCUGCAGCCAGGCUAUAAAAUCCCGUCAAGCGUGCAUUUGACUGCGAGCCUGAGACACAAAUACGCCGUUGCUAAGUUACAACUGGAGCACUACCUACAUUCCGUCCCCUCUCUGACUCUCUCCACUGACACCUGGACUUCACAGGGCAAGCAGACCUACCUCACCGUUGUGGGGCACUUCAUUGACUGUCGCUGGCGCUUGGCUCGCUGCGUUCUCAAGACCACCCCCCAGUACAACCCGGCACCAGAUUACAUCGGCGAGCUGCUCUACUCGGUCAUCAGCGAGUUUGGCGUCUCCUGCAAGGCGGUGAACUGCGUGGUGCAUGACAGUGCAGGUAACCUGAUGAGCAGCUCCCGGCUGCUGCAGGAGCGGUUCGGCUGGUCGAGUCUCUGCUGUGCUGGCCGCAUGCUGCAGCUAUGCAUCAAACUGGGGCUGCAGGUGGAACAGGUACAGCACACGCUAAGCGUCGCCAGGCGCAUCGUCAACCACUUUGUGCACAGCGCCCGGGCAAAUGCGGAACUCAGCACCAAGCUGGCAGAGAUGAACAAAGAGAGACUGGUGUUGGUCAUAGACACUGCUACUCGCUGGAGCAGUACCUUUGACAUGUGCGAGAGACUGUUGGAAUUGCGAUGGGCAGUGAGCAUGGUGCUGGAAGAGGAUCGAACUGGGCACAUGACUGUUGAGAAUCUGUCUGACCACCAGUGGAAACUCUUGCAGGAUCUGCUGCCUGUGCUGAAGACUCUCAAAGUAGCAUCAUCUUUCCUUAGUGAAGAACACAAUGCUUCUGUGUCCUCCUUGGUCCCAUGUCUUCAUGGGGUGAUGACAGCUCUCAUGCAGCACCACGGUGACCCAGGCUGCAUCGUCAAGGCAGUGAGUGCAAAGAUCAGGACAGAGAUUGCUAAGCGUUGGCGCCUCCCCGAUGACGACGAGAUGAUGGAGAGUCCAGCCAUCGUGGCCUCCUUUUUAGAUCCUCGGUUCAAGGAUCUUCGCUUCCUGAGUGCAGACAUGCGAGACAAGGUCCACAACAAGGUGAAGAACAUGCUGUCCAGUGCAGUGGCCAGCCCUCGGUCCCGGUCGUCCAGCUCCUCCUCAGACGAGCACAGCAUCACAGACCACGAGCAAGGCAGCAAGCAGCGUAGUCGCAAGGGGGGCCGCAGACCCAGCCAGUGUGAGUACGACCUCCUGUUUGGUGAAGACCCCAUUGAACGGAUGCCGGAGAUUCACCAGCAGCUGGAGAGCUACCUGGCAGAGCCCCUGCGGAAACGCAACACCAACCCCUUUGAUUGGUGGAAAAACAAUGAGCAUCGGUUCCCAGCAGUGGCAAACCUGGCCAAGCAGUACCUGGCCAUCCCUGCCACUUCCGUCUCUGCUACCAGAGCUUUCUUCUGUUCCAGCAGCAUCCCAGACCAAACCAGGUCAGCUCUGUUGCCGGACAACAUUGAUCAGAUACUAUUCCUGCACAAAAACUUUGAUUACAUCGAGUCACUAAAAAGAUACAGGCAGUGAGGUGCCAUCUGUUUGUGGAGCUGCAUGCCGGUAUCGUGGACAGUUUUCAUUUCUUCUUUUCCUUGGAUUCCUUCAAAUCAUCCGCCGAUUGGUUUGUCCGAUUAGACGUGGACGCGGAUGUAAGUCAUUCAAUGAGAUCAUGGUUGUUCUGAUCAUCCUCAACUUCACUUUCCUGACAUUUCCCAAAAUAUUUGAUUCCUUUAAUGAUUAGUGUACUCCAGACUAAGAUAGGGAGAUAUUUAACAAUCCAGCCUUGACAACUUUCAUUAUUGUACCUGGACUACGUCUGUGAACCGCCGCAUUGAAUGUUGCCAGGUAGAUUGUCUAAGGAAGGCAUCGCAGCUGAGACCAAUCUUCUCUCUGGGGUCUGAUGGAUAUUGGCAGGGAAUUGGAAACCAGGCUUUUUAUGCACCCUAAUGAAAAGGAGAAUUGAAUUCCUGGCCCCAGUCUCAUCCAGGGUGUGCUGAGAAAUAACCAGGGCUCCUGUUGAAAACAAAAUUCUUAUCCAAAAACCCCUUAAUGUCCAUUAAUUGGGUUUUUAACAUCUGUGGCCCUUGGUGAAAGAACUGAAAGAACCUGCAUUUUUGUAACUCUUAGCACUUCCUUGGGCCCUCUCAAGUGCUUUAUAGCCGGAGAAGAGUUUUUGUUUGAAGUGUUCUAAUGUGCAAUAUCAGUGUAAUCCAGCCAGUGGUGCAUAGCAAGAUCCCACAUACAGCACUGCCCUGCCAUACUAAACAGUAUUCAAAACCUCAAAUCCAGCUUAUAGCUGAACCAAGGAUUCAGUUUGACUGUUUGUGUUCAGUGAUUUCCUAACACGACACACUUCUGGUCCCGUCAGUUUUUCUGCGACACCCAUUGCCUGACUCUCGCUGGGCGAGCACCUUUUCGCUUUGUUACAAAAGGCAAGCUCAGGGACAGUGUUGGGAGCCUCUGCGUUCACCCAAACUGUCAAAAUCUCGAACCGGUAUCCCAGGAUUUGCUGAGACUGGCAGCUGUAAUGGGCCAGUGGAAGGGAUAGAAUGAAAUGGACCGAAUGGUCAAUCCCAGACUGAAUCGGAGUGUGUUCCUGGGAGAGGGAGGUGCAAAGUGUACAAAAGAUUGAAAUUUAAUAAGAGCCGCUUGUAAAAUGGACACUCAUUCCAGUGUCUCAAACUGAAAGAGGGUAGUUAACUGUCAGUGCAUUCUCCAUACGUUACGUUACAGGAAAUGGGAGUGGAACAUUACCAGAGUAAAUGCAGAAAGAAGUCAUGGCCUGCGGGCUUCUGCAGAGUUUCACGAGUUGUUUUGCUGUUAUUUGCAUGAUGAAUAUACAACCAGCAGAUUAUCUCCAGUACUUACCUCCCUUUGUGAUUCAGUGAACUCUGUUGUUUUAAUGCUGUGCUGGAAUGGGCAGCAAGAGUGAGAUUCUGAGAGGCAAACUGUGGGUUAACCUUGCUCCAUGUAAGCAUGUGGUGAUUUAACUAGUAACGCGUCGUCCCGUGUGUUUUGCUUGUUCUUUCAUGGGAUGUGGGCUUCACUGGCAAGGCCAGUAUCUGCUGCCCAUCCCUAAUUGCCCUUGCACUGAGUGGCUUGCUGGACCAAUUCAGGGGGCAGUUAAGUGUCAACCACGUCACCAUGGGUCUAGAGUCGUGUAUAGACCAAACCAGGUAAAGAUGACAGAUUCAGAGAUAGUAAGAACUGCCGAUGCUGGAG